GGAGAAAAUUCGACAUUUACUGAUGAUGAAGAGCAGCAAACUCCAACAACCUCAAAUAACAACAAGACACAAUUGAAGGUUAAAAAUGAUACAAAGAAAAAUUUUUGUACGCUUUGUAAUAUGCAAUUUUCUUCUCCAAGAGGAUUGAGUAUACAUAAUGGGAAAAACAAAAGGCACAAAGAUUUGUUAUUAACAACAAGUCGAAUGGCCAAUUUAAUGGUUAGUGAUGCUAGUAAUAACACUCCCAACAAUAACACCACCAACAACAACAAUAUUAAUAAUACUUCAAAUUUAUUUUUAUGUGAUUCCCCGGGGUGCAAGUCUAUUUUUGAAUCACCAGAUAAACUUAAAAUACAUCAAAGAAAACAACACACACAAAGAAAUUAUAUUUGCCAAGUUUGUCAAAAGUCUUACAUAAAUGAGGGAUGGUUAAAGAAGCAUAAGAAUGAAAAGGGACAUUGA